CCGCCUGCGCGUCCCUUGUCCGGCGUGACGUCGCCGCAGCCUGCAGCUGCUCCGUGACGGCUUUGUUGGAGGCGACGCAGAGAUGUUUGGGCGGCCGAGUCUGUCCAGGAGGUGAUUUCAUUGUUGCAUGCGAGAAGCUGUGAAGCAGAGAGCCAUGCAGAGUUCACCGGAGGAUCACAGGGAAUCAAACCCUGUGGCCAUGGCGGCCGCAAAGCAUCAACAGGACGCCGAGGCUCCGCCGACGCAAAGCAACCCAGCUGAGCAAGAGGAGGAGGCGGACACGCCGGAGGCUGCUGCUGCUCCGGCUGCCCGCACCGCCGAGCCUCCUCCGGGUCUGGCCCUGACUCCUCCACCCGAGAAGGAAGCCGGCGUCCAUUCCCAGACGGAGUCCCGGGACAACGCUGGGAAGGCGGACACGGAGCCCACGGCAAAGCCCCGAAGUGCCGCGCCGGAGCCGGUUGCUGACACCAAGACUAGCCCCGGAGACGAUGGGCAGAAAGAGAAGAAACAAGCGAAACGCGCUGGUGAUGGUAGGAAAUACGUGCUUUCCAAGAAGGCCAUGAUAGAUCCUCUGAAGAUGGACAUGACAAAGCCAGUGGUCAUGCCUCUCACAUCAUCGCAGCUCUCUCUGCACUGCAUAGAAUGCCACAUAAUCUUCAGCGAUCACAAGAGCAAAGAACGGCACAUGAAGCAGAGCCACCCCGCUGAGUACGAGCAGUGCAUCCUGAGGAACUCGCUGUUUGCCUGUUACGUUUGCGACCGCCACUUCACAAACUCGGCGGAGCUCAUGGCCCACCAGAAAGCCCACCCGGACAAGAAACCCUUCAAGUGUCCCAUCUGCGAUCUGGCCUUUAAGAGGUCGUCCGAGCUCACGAAUCACAAAAAGAUUCACUUUGGCGAGGACGGCUAUGCCUGCAACGAGUGCGGCAAGCCUUGUAAGACUCUGACGCUGUUGAAGUACCACCAGCGCACGCACUCGGGAGAGAUGCCUUUCGUUUGCAAGGAUUGCGGGGAAAGGUUCUCCUUACCCAACGUUCUGAUGAAGCACAUCAAAUCCCAUUCAUCCGAGGGCGCUGAAGGAGGCGGAGCGGGCACAGAAUCCAAAGCAACAAAGAAAAAGAAAGAAAACGAUGGUGCUUCUCCCAAAGUUUACCUCUGUUCUGUGUGCAAGGCGCCUUUCAAGAGUCCCAAAACGCGGCUGCAUCACAUGAAAACAAAGCACAAGCUGGCCGCGGUCGCUAACCCGCUGCGAGCCGGGCUGCAGGGGAAACAAAGCGUCCCUAUUAUUACUCCAAUAUCUAUUUCUCAACCGGCGCUGUUGCAAGUGGAGGCCAACGGACGUCUGCAGAAGGUCGACGCCAACAUUGACACGGAGCAGAUUCGGAAGCUUAUCGAGAGGAUGGGAAACGUGCAGAAGGUGAACCAAGUUGUCAUUCUGGGGCAGGUGCCGCCGCAUGCCCCGCCGCUGGAGGUGCAGCAGGUGUCAGAACCAGCGGGAAUGGUUCAUCUGAAUCUGGGUCCACCGCAGAUAGAUUUUAUAGGGCUAAAACCGGCAGAAUCUAAGACGGUCCAGCUGGACCCUUCGGUCAACCCGAUGGAGCAAACUAUCAUACUGGAGCCUAUAACACCAGAGGGGCAGCUGGAGAACCCCUCCUUCUCAGAUCUAGGCUCCCAUGUAGCUGGAGGAGAACACGUAGAGCUGACGCUCAUUCCAGCUGAAGUACCCGAACGACUCGAAGGAGAAGCGACGUCGCAUCAGAGCCUUCAACAGCCUGGGAUUAGUCCCAGUGUUUGUCAUAAUGACGUAGCUGAUCUCAAGGAAAACCUUGAGCAAACUGUCAUAUUAGAGCUCACCCCCGCUUUAAUUCCUGCCGAGGAGCUGGAGCAGUCUCAGCCGGAACCACAAAGUGAGGUUGCUUCCUCUGCUUUGGUUCAAAGCACAGAGCAGGAAACACCUGAUCAGGCUGCAGGUCAUAAUGUGGAAGAUCCCAAAGAAGCCAAUGUGCCGGCCCCACCGCUCACAUCCACGGUUGAGUCGAUACUCACACCGUCACACCCAGAGAAACAAGUCCCAUCUUCUGGCCCUUCGCCGCCGCCAGAAAGGCUCACUUCAGCUCCAAGCGAAUCUGAAGCUACCUCCAAGGGAAACAUUGAUGCAGAACAAGUAGGUCUAGAUCAGAUGGCGGUGAUCAAUGAACCGACCAAAGAAAACGACGUACAUGAUCUUUGUGAAAAAUGUCCGACAGAAGACAAGAGCAGCCGGUCUGAAGGCCCUGGUGCUAAAGAAGAAGCUCUGGCUAAAUUGGAGCCUAAAGAGGAUCAGCAACGCUCUGAGUUACCUGUGAGCGUAAUGUCAGCCCAAGAGUUGGUCAAGGUGCGGAAAAGAAAACCAGCCCGGACGUUCUUUUUCCAAGGAUACAUGCACGACCUGGUCGGAUCCAUAUACAAGGACGACUUUCAGAUCGACGCCAAGCCGGCCAAGCGCCAGCGGACCAAGAAGUCUUGCCUCGUCGUCAAGUUCGGUCCGCAAAACAAGGACAAGAAAUGCAAGAAACAGAAGAAGCCGGAGCAAGAACGUCAGCCGAUACAGGACAGUUUAAUAAAAAAUAAAACGCCUGUGAAGAAAUCCCCUGAGAAAGUACAGAAAGUACCAACGCCCAAGAAGACAGGAAAGGGGAAAAAGGAGAAGACGGAGAACAUGCUACCAGUGAGUGACAUAAAAUCACCUUCAAGUCACAGUCCGCCGGUGAAACAGGUCAAAGAAGAUGCAAAAAAGACUAAAGUGAAAAAGCAGAAAGAAACCAAGGCAGACGAAGUGCAUAUCAGGGAGGAAAAACCUGUAGACUCGCCUGUGCUUAAAAAGAAAAAGGCUGGGAAGAAAAUUGCAAAAAGACCAGACUAAGAGUCCAAAGGAGCUGAAGGGAAAGAA